AUGCAAUCUCAGCUAGCCUCCCAGUUACAGAAGCUGCAACAGCGACCCGUUGAUGACAAGCGCCUCACGGACUCUUUUUUGUUCUCUAAGAGCGAUACCAAGAGUUACUCACGUGAGCAAGUCCUUCAGCUUGCUGCAAACGGCUUGCAAACUCUUAUCUCCAUCGAUAACCGCUUUCAUCCAUUCUUGGAUGAUCUUUUCAAUCCGAAAAAAACGCGACAAGAGCGCAGGCUACUCCAUGCAGAUGAGAGUAAAGCGCUUGACCUACGUUUAGACCAUUUUCUUACGCUGCUCAGUCCCCACUUGUUUUUGACAGCCGCCCAUCAAGUGUUUGAAUAUCUGGUCCGCGUACACGAAGUACACGUGUACAAUGUGGAGACAGUUCUUCGAGCUUUUCUGCCUUACCAUGAUCACAACAUCUUUGCCCGUGCGCUUCUGUUGCUGGAUCUUCGUGAUACUGGUCUUGACUUCUUGUCCACCAACCAAGAGCAUGGCGCACCUUUGUUGCGAGAGCAUUUGGUCACGGCGUGUGCAGAAAGCCGCAAAGUACUGCGAUUGGUUUGCAUGACGAUGGCUGCACCGGCUCGGCUGAACAUCCAGCAUAAUGCGGCGAACGCUCUUUUUGCCGCUGUGGCAACUGCGUUGUCCACACACCCUGAUGCCGAGUCGAUAUGGCGUAUUCUUUUACCAUUUGAAGUCGAGUUCCUGACUGGUGGCAGCGUUCCUGCUUCACAAGGAGGUCCCAGCUCCUCAUCGAUCGCUACUCCUAGCCGAGAGACGAUUUGCACGUCCUUGUUGGUACUUUCCGCGUGGGGCACAGAAGUUCGUUUUUCCCAACCCACGAUGUCCGCCAUUAUGCGACCCAUUGUGUCGAUUCUAGUUCGUAGUCAAAACUUCGGCGGCACAGUGGGGAUCUCCUCGGUCCCCCUUCCAGACUUGCUCCUCCUCAUUGAUGGAUUGCUUGAGUCCCAGAAGCACAUGGUGGAUGAAAUCAGCUUCACUCCACAUGUUGUGUCGUUGCUUGCAUUACCUUGGCCGCGAUGGAUUCCAUUAUUAUCCCAAACUUUUGAAGAUGCUGCCGCGAAAGGGACUGUUCUUUUCCAGUUCCUCUUUAUGCUCCUCAGUCGGUUCUGUCUGCAGCGGCUUCGUGUGGCGCAUUCCAUUUCAUCAAUUCCAUCUGAUGUUCAGACGUUUCUGUUAUGCGCCGCUACGGAGCUGCCGUUGAGCAAGAAUUUGGUGAAGGAAUACCUUCUCACUGCUCUUCAGUGUGGGCGUAUCCUUGGUUCUGAAGUGGAGAGACGUGAUCGCGUGCUGGACAGAGGGGAAGGUGAAAGGAGAGAAAGCCCAAGUACACCUGCAGAGGAUUCCAACGAAAAGAGAGAUCUGCUUGCGAAUAUCAUCUUUGCCUUGGAGCGACGCUAUCAGUCUGUAUUUGACUCUACGCUUUCGGAGGUACUUAGUGAUCCCAGCAUGAUUGAGGCUUCCACAAGAUUUCUGACGGCACAUCUUCGUGGUACACGUUAUCAAAUGGUACAUUUGGGUAGCACUUGCGCGCGCGGAGGAAUACCGGAAAGCCUUCCGAUCUUUGCUUGCCUGCUGCACCCUCUUCCGGAGGUUCGGAAGGUUGCUGCAGGAGUUAUGGAUGGUAUGACUACGGAGCAACUUUGUUCUACAAGACAUGGUGAUAUUUCUGGUGAGGGUAGCGCGGACAGCUCGCUUGUGGGGUUACUGGCUCACGCUGCUGAAUGCGAGUCAGAUCGCGGAGUUGCGGAGCACUUUCUAAAUACGGCAGCUUUAGCAGUGUCGAGGUUGACACGUGCGCUGAAUGAAGUAAAUGGAGAUAACAAUGCAUGUAGGGGAGGGGUAAUUAUUGAGGAUGACAAGCUUUUGUUCUACGACAUUGCUAUUAAGAAACUCCUGAGGUCCUUAUACAUUAUGGGUGCACAGAUCGAUAUUACCGUGCAGACUCAGUACUUCAACAGGAUCCUCAGCCCUUUGCUGGAGGAGUAUUCGCUGAAGAGCUCACCAGGAUCAGUUUCGGAACCUGCUCGUAUGAGAAAGAGGGGUACCAUCGGUAUGCCAGAGAAUGAUACCUUCGAAACAGCGAUUACUAAUGUGCAGGCUGGCAACUCCUCAGUAUUGUAUUACACCAUCCUGCUCUAUAUUUCACUUACUUCAGCUAGCCAAUUACCUCCACAUCAGUCCGCCAAUGAAGAGGAGAGUGUCGAAUUGAUUCAAGAGAAGUUAGUACGAUCUUUGGAGGUGAUGCUUCUCAAAUGCUUUCCCAGUCUGGCACACAUUCAAGGCCGGAUAUCGCCUUCCUGUAACACACUGGGGACAAAGUUUAAUGUGAAAUGCAGUAAAAAAGAAUUAGUGAUCAACGAGGGACAGGCCCGUGAAGCGAAGGGGAUACUGCCGGUUCUGGAAACGCCAGAGGUCAUGCAAAGUGUCACGGGGGAAGCAACAGAGCGAGCCGAGGCUGCUUUCAGGGUUGUCGUGUCUUUGCUGAACGAUAAUGCCGCGACGGCGGCUCAGGUAGAGAUGGCUGUUAGCGAGUUCAUCUUAGUAACAGCUGCAAGCUUGAUGUCAGAUCUCCCUGGUGCUGCUGAAAAUCUUCUUCAAUUUUUUAUUGGAGCUCCCCGGCAAGGUGCCCUCAGCGCGUUUAACCGGAAGGUCUUUAAUCAUUCUGCUAGACAGGGAGAUCGCGGUGAGGACAACAGCAACCAGGGCUACCUGAGCAUACUGCAUCAAGUGCAACGAAUUAAUGUGGACCAGGAUUCAAUGCUGGGUGAAGGCAAAUCAGCUGUGGGAAGGGGUCAGCCUAACAACCUUCUUUCGUCUUACUGUCUUCCGAGCAACAACUUCACUAUGAGGUUCUCGGUAGUACUCCUGGGAUUAGUAGGAGCUCUUCUUGAGUACAAAAGAGCCACGAACUUGUCAGCUUUGUGUUCGGUUCUACAGCUACUUGGCUACUUGAAGGCGCCGCUUCCGGGAAUGGUGGAUCAUCUGGAGGCACUUGCGCCAGCCUUUUUAGUCCUUCUAGACCUUUCUCUUGGACAACGUCCGGAAGCUUUGGAUGCAUCGAUGCCGCCGCCCCCAAACAACUUACCUGUGGAUUGGUACGCGCUUAUUAGAGAUGCCGUGUUUGGUCCAGUGAGGCAUGCAGAGCCCUUGAGCGAGGCUAUGCUUUCAACAACUUCGAUACUAAGUCCGCUAGCCGUAUGCCUUUUUCUGCCUCUUUGCGCCUCAACUUCUCAGCGUGAGGCCAUCUUACAACAGCUACAGGAUACCAUCCUGCGUGUGAUGGCAGUUAAAAAGCGUAAGGGAACUGUCUCCGAGGAAGAGUCUUCGGCAUUUCUGUUUCUAAGCGCAGUCUUUUCCAAGACAUUCUCUACCGAAGGACUUAAUUCAAGUGUGACGACGCUUAACAGCUUCGUAGAGUCAAUGGCUCGAGAGGAGUCACGAUUUCUUUUAACCAAUGAUGCGGCGGAGUUGGCCGGAGCGAUUCUCGCAGAGAUGUUGCGUGUGGAGGUGGACCAAGUUGCAACCAACGCUGCUGUGCGGGGACUUCCACUCGUACCAUACAGACUCGCAACAACGGUUAUUGAAUUCUUUUUUGACGCUCCCUCAGUAAGCGCUAUUAUGAAGGGUAAAAUUGCAUUCAAGAAGACAUUUUCGUCGUUCCCCUUUCUAAAGCUUAUUCCAUGCGUGGAACAGCUCCUACAGGUUGGGGCUGGGCCUCGUCAUUGGCUGCGGAAAGGAAAGUCUAUAAAGGACGGCGAGGAUCGUGGUGACGACAAAGCAGUCGAAUCUGAGUUAUCGCUAGAGGCUGCCGAUUUUCUUGAGGCUAUUUGUCGCCGCAGUAUUAUUCACGUUCCGGUAGCUAAUUCAGCAAUCCUUGAACCUUCCCAGCACGCUGCGGUGCGCCUCUGGAUGCUUCUUCUAAAAUAUCCGUAUCUACGGAUUAGAGGCGAUGUCGGACUCCACACAGCCAUGGAGUUCAGUUCUGUUCGCCCGCUAUACCGGCAUUCGCUCACCGCACUGUCCGUGGCACUUCAAGCUGGACUCGAUGCUUCCUCGAAUCAAGGGAAUGUGCUUAUCUUCACUCAGAAAAAAACAGAUAAAGAGUCACCUUUGAAGUCGAAGAAGACUGAUGACCUUGAAUCCAAGAGGAGGAGGUUUGCCAUGGACUUGGCUGCGCUGGUGUCGCCAGUGCUGUUCGACAGUGUGUUGCACAUCGGUUCUGAUGUGGCACGCCUGUGUGUAGGAACCAAAGGUGGUUAUGAGCGUGUUUUCUUGCCAGCACUGAAGCAGGAGACCAUGGGUACAAGCUUGGAAGUGCUCCAUGAGCUUCUACGAACCCUUGUUCCGUCAACUUUGCAACACUCAGACAGGGAAACCGGUUGGCAGCCCCCGUCCGAAUGUUUACUAAGCAACCCGCUCCAUUACUCAGAGACUAUGAGCAUCAUUGGAUUCGUCCGGAAUCAGCUUAAUCAGCUGAACGAUUGCCGUUGGACGUGUACUAAGCGUUGCUUGUUACUGCUGAAAGUCCUCUCUACACUAUUGCAAGUGUUGCCAACAGUACAAUGUGAUGAUGAUUCCGACGAAUCGCUCUUGUCUAUCGUUAUGGCGAUAUUGGGCGAGUUUCCGCUCGACUCUAUGUGCCUUCUUCUUAGUGAAGAUCCUUUUAUUCCCUCUGACUCACAAAGGGAGGAAGAAUUUGACUUGGAUUUCACACCAAUAAGCGGCAGCCGCGCCGUGGUGAAUCUAUACACGCGGCAGGUAUUCCUUUAUUUGAAGGAACUGACCACACUCUGCGUGGAGCAGGCACAUGCCCUGUCCGAAAAUGAUCCCCGUGGCACAUUCAAGGUGCGCAGCACAAUCCUGAAGCAAGGCCUUGCACUCAUUGUGUCUCUUCUUUCCACUCAUUCUUCUACAGGAGCUCAACUCAACGAUGCGGUGACCCAGACCUCGAACAAGACGGAAGCUGAGGUCAGAGGGGGAGCUCAGGUCAAAGUGGAUAUCAUCUCUGAGUUGCUAAGGGGCUUAUCACCACUACUCGUUCCGCAGCAAAAGCCGGGCUCCGUACAUAAUUUCCAUUCGUCUGGUAAUAACCUAUCAAUUCAGCAACAUUUUUUCUUGCAUAUUCCACUUGUGGCGUUUUUGAUUAAGUUGGAGCCUAUGGAGUUCACAGAGACACUUCAGUACCGAAGUGUGAUUGAGGUAUGCCAACAGAUCAUUACCAGUUUCGACAUUCAUACUCAAAUCUACUGCAUCGCAGGGCUCAUGAGGUUAGUUAUGGAUCCACAUGGGCAGCUUUCUGCCCCUUCUGCGGCGUAUUCAAGUCCCGAAAGUCUUCUGGAUAGUGAGGAGGCCACGAACCGCAGGCCAAGCACACAGUUUGAGGAGUCUGAACGCAACAAACUGCUUCAUUUGCUUCGAAAGAUGGUAAAGCCCAACCAAAUCAUCAAUCGUCAAGAGUUACUUCUCAACGUUAUUAACAUGACUUUGAAGUCAAACGCCUUUUUGGAGCCUUUUAUCGAGCUACUAUAUCACUCAAAUCGCUCGAACGCUAAAGCCUUGGGGCGUGACAGACCUGCAUAUAAAAAUGCCGAAGGACAUCACGUUGAUGACGAAUUAGAGGAUCCUCAUGCUCCUGAAGAUACGCAAACCAAUCAAACGUGCAUGCAUCUGCUGGCUUCAUCUCUCGAGUUAUAUUCUCAUUACAGUGAUUUAAACCUGAGUACUCCUGAAAGUGGUGAAAAUACUACUCAAACAGGUGAAGAUGAUUCCUUCAUAAGCGAGGAGAAGAGUUAUACCAUGUUGCUAGAGCUGCUUGCUGGAAACACUUUAGCCUGCGUUCUUGCCAGUAUCAACGAAUCAACGUUUGUAAAGUGCUUAAACCAGCUGCUGUCCGAUGCUAGGGUUGUUAUGCAGAUCAAAGGUCUUGAGGUCUUAUUGGAUCGACUUCACCACUCAUUACCAACGGAGGAGAAUAUUAUCAGCGAUCAGGAAAUGGAGCAGCGCCGAAAGGACUUACGGGAUCCUAAGAAGAAGCUAACUCUGGAGGAUUUGGUGCGCGUUAAGGCGCGACCACUAACUACAAAGCGCUCUUUCACACUCUUCCCACAACUUACUACCCUUCUCCAAUUAGCUCUGCGAAGCUCAGCGUCAUUCACGAAAAAGGUAAUUGCCCAUAGUUUCCGCGUGCAGUCGGAGCUCACGACGCAAGGUAUGUUUCAGCUCUUCCGCAUUUCCCAACUCAGCAUAUCAUGUAUUGAAGAGUUGGUGCGCAUUGUGGGUAGCGGUGGAAGCAUGCAGGCUGAGAAGACCCUGGCUAAUGCCAACCGCAGUAAGCGUAUGACCGAGGAGCUUCUUGCUAAACUCCUCGGUAACAAGGCCUGUGUGAGGCUGGUUCACGAGUUUGUGACGAACGUGUGCGUGAAUUGGAUACCGAGCGUGGCCCAAGGCUUUCGGUCGAUUCUAAAUGUAGCCACUGGUGAUUCCUCUGAGGCGACCCCCCCCCCGCGCAGGGGCUUUCCAAGCUACGGACCACCUUUGAGGAAGGUUUAUUGGAGACCCUAA